CCCACUGAGCCACCCAGGCGCCCCACGGAGUUGGCUUUUUGAAUUCUCACAGUUGAGCUAGGGAGACACAUGACUUCCACAUGACAGAAGUGUGGCUGCAGUCAGGAAAGGUUAAACUCUGCUUGACCUUGGACUCUUCUGUAAUCCGGCUCGGGAGGAGAAUCACAGGGUCUGGAGCAGCCUGGAGGAGGUCUGGCCAGAAGGUGGAAAUUCAGAUGGGCCUUAAAAUGGAUGGGAUUUUACAAGGAGACAAGAGGAGUGAAUGUUUAGGCCUAAGGAAUAAUAGCAGAAACAGGACCCUAGAAUCAGCCAGUUGCAGAGCUUGGAAGAGCUUCUCUCUCAGGAGCCCUCAGGGAGGUCUUUCACUGGAGGGAUGGGUAGCCCCCCAGGAGGUGGGCAGCAAGGAGUGGGGGUGGUUAGGAAAGCAUAGGACAGAGGCCUUCCAGCAGCUCCUUUGUGCAAGAGCAGAGCCUGUCAUCCAGCACCAGGCAGAUAAAGCUACAGACCCAAGCGUGUCAGAACAGGAUUGGUCCGCUAUCCAGAAUUUCUGUGACCAGGUGAACACCGAUCCCAAUGGCCCAACCCACGCGCCUUGGCUCCUAGCCCACAAGAUCCAGUCUCCGCAAGAGAAAGAAGCUCUUUAUGCCUUAACGGUGCUGGAGAUGUGUGUGAACCACUGUGGGGAGAAGUUCCACAACGAGGUGGCCAAAUUCCGCUUCCUGAAUGAGCUGAUCAAAGUGUUGUCCCCGAAGUACCUGGGGUCCUGGACCACAGAAAAGGUUAAAGGAAGAGUCAUCGAAAUACUCUUCAGUUGGACUGUCUGGUUUCCAGAGGAUGUCAAGAUCCGAGAUGCUUACCAGAUGCUGAAGAAACAGGGAAUCGUAAAGCAAGACCCUAAACUACCAGUGGAUAAAAUUUUGCCUCCACCUUCUCCCUGGCCCAAGAGCUCUAUCUUCGAUGCCGAUGAAGAAAAGUCCAAGCUUCUGACGAGGCUUCUGAAGAGCAACCACCCGGAGGAUCUUCAGGCUGCAAACAGGUUGAUCAAGAACUUGGUCAAGGAGGAGCAAGAGAAAACUGAGAAAGUGUCGAAGAGAGUCAGCGCUGUGGAGGAGGUACGGAACCACGUGAAGGUGCUGCAGGAAAUGCUGAGCGUGUACCGCCGGCCCGGCCAGGCCCCGCCCGACCAGGAGGCCUUGCAGGUCGUGUAUGAGCGCUGUGAGAAGCUGCGGCCCACGCUGUUCCGGCUGGCGAGUGAGACCACGGACGACGACGACGCGCUGGCGGAGAUUCUCCAGGCAAAUGACCUCCUCACCCAGGGAGUUCUGCUGUACAAACAGGUGAUGGAGGGCCGAGUCAUCUUUGGGAACACAGUGACCAGCUCAGUGGGAGACCUAGCUGUCUCCACAGUCUUUCAGAAACCCGCAGGCCGCACGAAGAGCUGCCCUCUGAUUGACUUGGAGGUGGACAGCGGAUCUGAGCAGGCCGGGACUGUGGCACUGUCCUUGCUUCACCAGGACCUGGCAGCCUUAGGACUCAGUGAUGCUCCGGUUACCAACAAGGUUGCUGGUCAGAAUUGCUGUAAGGAAAAGAAGAAUCCCCCCGCCAGCAUGCUGCCCGGUGGUGAUGUUCAGAGCCCUUCUGCGGAAAGGAACUUGCUGGAUCUCCUCUCCCCACAGCCAUGUCCAGGGCCUCUGAAUUAUGUUCCACAGAAGAGCAUUCCUAAGGAAGUGCCCCCUGGCACUAAGUCCUCUCCAGGUUGGUCCUGGGAAGCUGGGCCAUUGGCUUCUUCCCCAGCCACCCAGAAUACAUCGCUGGCUCAAGUGUUUGUCCCUUUGGAGUCUGUCAAGCCCAGCAGCCUGCCGCCUCUUAUCGUGUAUGACCGGAAUGGAUUCCGAAUUCUGCUCCACUUUUCCCAGACGGGGGCCCCUGGCCACCCGGAGGUGCAGGUGUUGCUGUUGACCAUGAUGAGCACUGCCACCCAGCCUGUCUGGGACAUCAUGUUUCAAGUUGCCGUGCCGAAGUCCAUGAGAGUGAAGCUGCAGCCGGCAUCCAGCUCCAAGCUCCCUGCCUUCAGUCCGCUGACGCCUCCAGCUGUGAUCUCUCAGAUGCUGUUGCUUGACAAUCCGCAUAAAGAGCCCAUCCGGUUACGGUAUAAGCUGACCUUCAACCAGGGUGGACAGCCUUUCAGCGAAGUAGGAGAAGUGAAAGACUUUCCAGAUCUGGCAGUCUUGGGUGCAGCCUAACUUUUCACAAGACAGACCCCGCCAUUCAAGCUUAGGCCAAUGUGAAUUUUGCUGUCUAGAUAGGACUAAUCAUGGUGAUGUAGUGCGGAGUGCCAACAGUUCUAUCCUGACGUCAGGCUCUGGAUCCCAACCUCUGACUUAUUCUGCACAUACUGUGUGUGUGUGUGUGUGUGUGUGUGUGAGCGUGUGUGUUGCAGGGCAUUUGGGGGAGGGGAGAGCAGGGCUUGGGGUGUGGACAGUGUGGGAAAUGCUGAAGCAUUUCUGACAACCAUCUGCUACAAUCCUCUGUUUCUGCAUGUUUGUGGACACGGAUGUCCCCACCUCAGGUUGGAGGUUUUAUAAGCCAAAGUUGCGUUGUGUUUUGUUUUUUUCCAUGUAUUGUUCCCUUUUCAUUCAUCCACUCUGUGCCUUGUCAGCCUUUGAAAGUCUUGGUUGCUCCCAGGCUGCUGUUCUCAGGGACCUUAAAAGGGACCUGGUUGGUCUUGGGGCAGAGAGUACCUUCUGGGGCACUGCACUCUCUUCCAAGAAAGACCUUGUCUCCAUUUCCAUUAGAGAAUGCUGCUUGCGUGUGUUUGAGAAGAUCUUCAGAACGGAAUGCUCGGUGCCCUGUUGGCAGGCGAGGGGCUGCCACUAGAGCAGAGGACCACACUGGGUGGGCCACUCGACGUCCUUCACCACUGUGCCUUAGAAUCACCCAGAGAAGACCUUCCGGGGCAGAGGGGAAAGCAGGUCCCAGGCCUCACGCAGGCCUCGGGUUCUGUGGGUGGGGCAGCCCGUCUUGGCCCUUCCUCAGGACCCUCCUCUCCAUUCUCCUCCUCCUCCUCCACGAGCGUCUACUCUCAGAGCUCUUCGAUGGUGACGCCAUGCCCGUCGUCAGUCCUAGCAGACAGGCUCGCCGUCGCCUGUGUUCACCAUCCAGCAUGGAGACCUGUGACACAAGUAGAUAAGAAAAGAGCUUAGCAGUGAUUUCAGUGGUGAAUAUAGAAAGUCCUUGAAUAAAUACCGUGUAGCAAAUACGCUUUGUGGAGUCUUGUGCGUGGGAGACGCAGAGCCUGUUCCAUUCGGAGGCGCCAAGCCUGAAGGGCCCUGUUGCCUGUGGAGGAAGUAGGAAGACUUCUUGCCGUGGAACCUCAAGAGUGACUUCAGUGAAGGGAGGCGCCCUGCGGGUCCGAACAAAGCUGGAGAGAUGGAUUGUCACGUGCGUGGUUUGAAGGGAAAUCUCAGGUGCAUCACCUGUUCUUACUGAGCGCCUGCUGCGUGCUAGGCAUCUUCUGUAGUCCUGCUUUGCUGGUCAUGGGGGAAGCGAGCUGAGCUUUGCCGAUGGGGCCUGAUUAAGGACUUCGAAAUCUGAGCCGUUCACCUGUUAAGGCACGAUUCUACCUCAGGAACCACGAGACUCUUUGGGGCUCUAUCACAAAAUCUCAUACUUUCCAGGUUGAUCUUUGAACUUCUACGUACAGUUAGAAUCCCACCAACAUUAAUUGGCAGGGAUCGGAGCUGUAAAAGAUCAUCUAGCUAUGCUCAUUUUUAAGCAAAUGUGAAAACUCCUAAAACCGAUGAGAUGGGUGACUUCCUCGUUUGGCAUGACUCCCAUAAGAUUCAUUUUAUCUAAACUUUCUUGCAUGUGCAGGUGUUCUCUAUAGCUUUUAUGGACUCUAGCUAAUCUCAUAAGGGUUUUAAGAGGAACCCGUCGUAAUAAUGCCUGCCUAUGCAGAACUUCCAUCAAGGUGGGUGAAUGAGACUUAACGAGAUUUUUACCCCCGGCUCAGUGGUGAACUUGCAUCUCAGCCUUCUGUCUUCCAGGAGCCAGACUCCCAGCGGUGCUUUGGUGAAGUUGGACAGGGUAGGGAUCUGCAUGUGUGUGUUGGGGCGGCGGGGAGUUCCUGAUAGUGGCCCUGGUGUUUGUCAUCAGUGCCUUCUGAUGAUCAAGUUCUGCAGCUACUGAA